ACUGAUAUUGACAGAGACAGGAUAGAGGGUUGUACUGUUGAAAGAGUGAGCGGUGCUUCGGUUUCGUGAAAGUAGACAAAAUAGUGGGAAAUAUUCCUUGUAGUUGGCAAAGUUAGAUAUAAUAUCUUCAAGAUGGUUUGUGGGGGAUUUACGUGUUCUAAAAAUGCUCUUUGUUCUCUCAACGUGGUGUACAUGUUGGUUGGUCUGUUGCUGAUUGGCGUUGCAGCGUGGGGGAAAGGCUUCGGCAUCGUGUCCAGCAUCCACAUCAUCGGCGGGGUCAUCGCUGUGGGCGUCUUCCUACUGCUUAUCUCCAUCGUGGGUCUCAUUGGAGCCCUCAACCACCACCAAGUCAUGCUCUUCUUUUACAUGGUCAUUCUGUUCCUGGUGUUUCUUUUCCAGUUUGGUGUGUCCUGCUCCUGCCUGGCUAUUAACAAGGGACAGCAGGUGAAGCUGUUGAGUGCUACCUGGGCAUUGAUGAGCAACGACACACGGCUGGGCGUGGAGAACAAGUUGAACUGCUGUGGGCUGCUGAACAACCAGAGCAAAGAGCAGUUCAACGAGGACGUGACACUCUGCAAUGCGCCCUGUAAACAUGACGGGAUCUGUUUCACCUGUGGGGACUUGAUGCUGCAGCACGCUGCAGAGGCUCUGAAAAUCCUGGGUGCAGUAGGACUCUUCUUCAGCUUCACAGAGAUCUUGGGUGUGUGGCUGGCUGCACGUUACAGGAACCAGAAGGAUCCAAGAGCCAACCCCAGUGCAUUCCUAUAAGAGCAGAGCGUGAAGAGGUCCACAAGUUACGCACCAUGAUAUAGAUAUACACCAGGGUAUCAAACAUACACACACACACACACACACACACACACACACACACACACACAUUGGAGAUACACAGAUGUGCCAAUAUGAAAAGAACAACACACACUUGCAGCCUGAUGCCAAUUGACAACCCACUAAGUACCUUCUGGUUCUCACAUGUGCAUACACACACACUGGGGAAGAAAAGGCCAUGUUGGUCUGUACAGUUUCUUCUCAUGUAUGAUAGGAUUGUUCAACAGCUUUUUUUUGUAUAACUUGUGUAUGUCAGUGUUUCUCAACCUCUGGUCUGUGGACCUCUUUGGGAUAAUGGGGACCACUCCCUCAGAUGCUAAUACUUAUUUACUUGGUUCUUAAUUAGAAGUUUUAAACAACACAGUUCUCCAGAGGAAUAUCUGGUUCAUUAGGCACCAAACAGAAGAACAUGUAGAGAAACAAGGAGGGACCUGCACUUUUCCAAUAAGAAAGUUAUCUUCCUUUCUACGUUUUUCUACGGUGUGCUCUAAUGAAUGAGCCUGUGCUCACUAGUCCCUGGGACCAAACCCAUUCAGAGACCCCUCUCCCUGUCUGUCCAUGAUGUGGUUAGACUACACAGAUGCAGCACCCUGUGCACCAACUACCAGCAUAGCACUGUGUAUGAUGGCAUACACAGAAUUGAUCUUAUUUUAACCAAGAAAAAUCAUUUAUAAUUUAAGGGUUUUGUCUAUGACACAAAAUGUUGUAAUUGUGACAAUUUUACAUAGUAGGCUUCUGUUCAUUUUUAACAAGAUGUCAUUGUGUGCGGUGUUGCCAUCAAUAUGUCUUGACAAAGAAAGUGGUGCCAUAUAGAUCAUGUCAUGUUAGUGCCUCGGGUGGGAAUUAGAUUUUGUGCCAAACUAUUGAUUAAGAGGGGAUACUGAAUUGGAUAGUCUAUAGUGACAUUUCUCUUCCUUUGGAGCUAAAACAUAACACUUUAAUGGAGUUAAGAAUGAUGAGACAGUUCAGACAUAUUUUGGUGUAAUUCAGUUAACCCCCCCCCAUCCAUUCACAAUCACGGCCUGGGAACCCACUGUUCCCAGGCCGUCAUUGAAAAUAAGAAUGUGUUAACUGACUUGCCUGGUUAAAUAAAGGUACAAAAAUAGCACUUUAUUCAACACAUGCAUUUGCUCCUGUAUAAUAUUACAUUUGUUUUGUUUGUGGUACUUUUGACACUGAGUAAAAGUUGUCAUUAAACAAUUCAUCUGGACCACCAGAGAGUUAACUGUGUAGAUGCUAUGGGAAAUGCAACAUAUUUUUCUCACAUCUCUCCUUGGCCUGUCCUGAUAUGCACCACCAUCACCUCAAUUGUCUCUAGACAGAGCUAGGACAUUUUAACAUAUUUAAUGAACAAAACAUGUUUGCCACUGUUGAUAGUUGUCACACAAUCCUUCGUAAAAUAAGUGCAGCCCGUUUCAAAAGUUGAGAAACUGUAGUCUGGGGAAUGUAACACUUUGAUUAGGAAUAUACAAUGAAGGGAAAAUGUAGAACUACAGCACAAAGCAAUGGGCAGCACAGUUUUUGGAUGACCUAGCUUAAGUGGUGGUCCACUACCUGUCUUCAUAUAUUGACACUGAACCAUUUCAACCAUCUGAUCCUUUUCUGUGCAUAUUUGUUUCCACUUGAUCUAUUUUGUAAUUAACCUGAAAGUGUUUUCCUAGUGGCACUUUGCCUGAUUUUAUUUAUUUGCCUGUCGUUGGAGGAAAUCAUUUUCUAUGGCCUAAUUGUUGAGAUCUUUGAGGAAGUUUAAAACUAGGGAUGUGCCUGUAGCUUUUAACCACCUGCCUAAAUACUUAGCAUACCAGUGACUCUUCACAACAAUUGUCAAUUUGCAGCGUCUUAAAACUGAGGAAUGAGUUUUAUUAAGUAUUGCCCUUAAUGGUAACCCUGCUAAAAGCCUUUGGUUGCACAGUGCCUCUGCACAGCAAUGGGUUGUCAGAGUUCGUAUGUUAGUCCCCUGUCACUUAUAUUAGUGAUGUGGCACUUCCAAAGGCUGUGAGACUGCCACUAUACGUCCUGACUCAAGGCUUUGAACCACCUAAAGUUUGUUCAUGAUUGACAGAAUGACUCAUGCUCACCCUCAGUGUUGACUUCCUGUUCUAGAUUAUGACAAUGACUCAGCUUCCUGUUGCUUUUCACCCAAAUGGCACCCUAUUCCCUAUAUAGUGGACUGCUUUCGCGUAGUGCACUAUAUACGGAACAGGAUGCCAUUUGGGACUCAAACGUUCCUACUGUGGACUUGAUUGCCUGCUUAACCUUAAGGUUUCUUUUUUGUGCAACACGUUUUUCCUAUUAAAUGUCAUGAUUCAGGA